UUGAAGCUUAGAGAAUUUAAAACAAGGUGGAAAAGACAAUUCCAACAAGAAAAUCCAGAAAUCAUUGAUGUUGAGUUGGAUGCUUUUGGAUAUCGGGCUUAUGAUGCGGCUUUUGCAAUAGCUAUGGCAGUUGAAAAAGUUGGGAAUGCAAGCUUUGGAUCUCAAAAGGGAAAUGCUUCAUCUUUCAACCCUACAGAUCUUGGAAGUUUAAUGGUCUCUCAAUAUGGUUCAAACAUUUCUAAUGCCUUAUCACUCACGAGUUUUAGAGGCUUGGCUGGCAAUUUUAGUCUUGUUGAUAGGCAACUUCAACUAUCAACUUUUAAGAUUGUUAAUGUCAAUGGUGGAGGAAGUGGAAGAGCAGUUGGGUAUUGGACACCGGAAAAUGGAAGGUUAGUGAAGCAAUUGAAUUCAACAAACAGUUGUAAUGUUUCAGCUUUCAAUUGUGAUGCUCUUGGACCCAUUAUAUGGCCGGGAGAGUCAUUAUCUGUUCCCAAAGGAUGGGAGAUCCCAGAAAACGGUACAAAGUUGAGAAUUGGAGUUCCAGUGAGGGAAGGUUUUACAGAGUUUGUUAAAGUAACACCAAAUUUGAGAACUAAUACCACUGAUGUCACCGGGUUCAGUAUUGAUGUGUUUAAGGUUGCAGUGGAAUUGUUACCAUAUGCACUUCCUUAUGAGUUGAUUCCCUAUGCAUAUCCUAAUGGCACCAGCGCUGGCACUUAUAAUGAUUUAAUCCAUGAAGUAUAUCUUGGGAAUUUCGACGGUGUGGUCGGAGAUGCAACAAUUAGAGCAAACAGAACAUUGUAUGUGGACUUUGCAAUGCCAUAUACGGAGUCUGGUGUAGUGAUGGUUGUGCCAAUCAUAGACAGCAGAACCAAAAAUGCAUGGGUUUUUUUGCAUCCUUUAACACGGGACCUUUGGAUGACUACUUUGGGUUUUUUCAUCUUUAUUGGUUUUGUGAUUUGGGUGCUUGAACACCGAAUUAAUGAAGAAUUCCGUGGUCCUCCUUCACAUCAAGUUGGCACAAGCUUUUGGUUCUCUUUUUCAACUAUGGUUUUUUCACAUAGGGAGAGAGUGGUGAGCAACCUGGGAAGAUUUGUGAUGAUUAUAUGGGUAUUUGUUGUGCUGAUAUUGACACAAAGCUACACUGCUAAUCUAGCAUCACUAUUAACUGUCCAACAACUCCGACCAGCUGUCAACGAUAUAAAUGAUCUUCGAAGGAAUGGUGAUAACGUGGGCUACAUGAGGGGUGCUUUUGUUUAUGAUCUCUUAAAAGAAGUAAAGUUUGAUGAUGCCAAGCUCAAGGCUUAUGGAUCUAUGGAAGAAAUAGAAGACGCUCUUUCAAAAGGGAGUGCAAAUGGUGGUAUUGCUGCAAUUGUUCAUGAAACCCCCUACAUGAAGCUACUCAUUGCAAAAUAUUGUUCCAAGUAUACUAUGAUUGGACCAAUAUUUAAAACCGAUGGCUUUGGCUUCGCAUUUCCAAAAAAUUCCCCUCUUGUAUCUGACAUUACACAAGCAAUCCUAAAUUUGACGGAUGAUGGAUUGAUGACAAAGAUUGAAGAUAAAUGGAUCAAGAAAGAUAGUAACUGUAAAGACUCUAAUGGGAAUUUUUCUAGCAAUGCUCUUGGUCUUGAGAGCUUUUGGGGCCUUUUUUUAAUUGCAGGGAUAACGUCAAUAUUUGCUCUAAUCAUAUUUGUAACUUCCUUCUUGUACGAGCAUAAGCAUGUCUUUAUGCACCCUGAUUCAGGCACCUCUAAGUCAAAAAGGAUCAAAACCAUGUUUGAGAUCUUCAACGAAAAAAAACUCAGCUCUCAUACAUGUAGAAGCAGCCAACAUUCAGACAGUGGUGUUAGUGCUCAAGAUCAUGAAGUGAAAGUAUCACCAAAUAACAACUGGCCAGAAAGUCCACAGAGCUAUACCAACCACACCGAUGCGACUUAUGUAUUUUCUCGGGAACAAGAAACACCGUCUCAUGGUCAAGCAUCUCCGGAAACCAUUCCAACUAUUGAGCUUGCCAUGACUAUUCAAGAAACCCAUGAAACUCUUGAUACAACUCGAUCAAGAGCAUAAAGGAAAUGAAAAACACAAGUUUAUACAACUUUCCUUCUCUUGUCCUUGACUUUCUUUGCUCUCCCCAUUUGGUUCUUUGGCAAUUAGGGGUUCAAUGGAGAAACUGUUUGCACCGUAUUUCUAUGAUGCAAUUUCGCUCGUCUCACAUUUUUCUGGAAGGUAAUAAAGUUGCGGACUUGUUAGCGAACUAUGGUACUACUUCUGCAGCCUUGGUUUGGUGGGAUUUGAUCCCUGCCUUCAUUCUUUCAUCAUGUAAUAGUAACCGUUUAGGUCUUCCGCAAUAUCGUUAUAGAUGGUUUGUUCUUGUUUCCCUGUUAUUACUCACUAGGGAGGUAUUGGUUUAGUCCCCCUAUCUUUGUAUCUCUUUUAUUUUUCUUUUAAUAAAUUUUGAGGCGAUAAGGAGGUUUUUGCCUCCCUUAUCCCUCUAUUCAGUUGAUACAACUUUUCUUCAUGUAUAUAAGCAUUCAACAUUAAUAAAUAGUUAGCUUUU